AAGCCAUGAUUACUCUAUACUCAAAGUGAAAUCGAAAUCCUCCAAAUACAAAAUGCCACUAUGAAUGUGAAUAUUCCCUAAUUCAAUUCUCCUCUUCACUCUCCUCUCAGAUUUGCAAUUGAAUGCAGAUCACCUGAAAUUUCGCCAGAUCAGAUCCCCUUUUCUUCCACACCCCUCGAUUCAAAUUAGGGUUAGGGUUUCGUUCUUGUUGCAGAGCAAAAAUGGCGGUCUCCGAUGGCAUGCUCAAGAAAAUCAUCCUCUCCUACACCUACGUCGCGAUUUGGAUCUUCCUCAGCUUCACCGUCAUCGUAUACAACAAGUACAUCCUCGAUCGCAAGAUGUACAACUGGCCAUACCCGAUCUCGCUCACCAUGAUCCACAUGGGGUUUUGCUCCUCCCUCGCUUACCUCCUCGUCCGCGUCUUCAAGCUCGUCGAGCCUGUUUCCAUGUCGCGCGAGCUUUACCUCAAAUCUGUGGUUCCGAUCGGCGCGCUCUACUCGCUCUCCCUCUGGUUCUCGAAUUCCGCUUACAUCUACCUCUCGGUUUCGUUUAUUCAGAUGCUCAAGGCUCUCAUGCCGGUGGCUGUUUACUCGAUCGGGGUUUUGUUCAAGAAAGAGAGCUUCAGGAAUGAAACCAUGGCGAACAUGGUUUCAAUCUCUAUGGGUGUUGCUGUUGCUGCGUAUGGUGAGGCCAAGUUUGAUGUGUUUGGUGUCAGCCUUCAGCUUCUGGCGGUUGCGUUUGAGGCUACUCGAUUGGUCUUGAUCCAGAUUUUGCUCAAUUCUAAGGGGAUCUCGUUGAACCCCAUUACCUCGCUUUACUACAUUGCUCCUUGUUGUUUGGUGUUCUUGUCUGUUCCAUGGCUUAUUGUGGAGUACCCUUCAUUGAGGGAUAAUUCCAGCUUCCAUUUGGAUUUUGCCGUUUUCGGGACCAAUUCGGUUUGCGCAUUUGCUUUGAACCUUGCUGUGUUCUUGCUGGUUGGGAAGACGUCGGCGUUGACAAUGAAUGUUGCUGGGGUGGUUAAGGAUUGGCUCUUGAUUGCGUUCUCUUGGUCUGUGAUAAAGGACACGGUUACGCCUGUGAAUUUGAUCGGUUACGGGCUGGCGUUUUUGGGGGUUUGUUACUAUAAUCAUUCGAAAUUGCAGGCUCUCAAGGCUAACGAGGCGCAGAAGAAGGCUCAGCAGGCUGAUGAAGAGGCUGGAAGGUUGUUGGAACAGAGAGAUGGGGAAGGGACCGGAAGGAAGAACGAGAACCAGGGCUGAUUCAACCGGGGGUCUCUGACUUUUUGCGAUACAGAAUUUGUUACUGUUCGAUUCAUGUUGGAUCAGGCACGUUUUGUUUUUGGGUAUGUGGUGGUGUACUCUACUGCUAUUAGUUUAUUGUUGUUAUGAUGAUGAUGAUGUUACUUCAGUGUUUUUGGUUCAUAGUAGCUGUCAUAUGGGGUUGAGAUUGACAUUUGUCUCUUAUAAUAUUUCUCAUUCAGUGA